AUGGCUGCUGCUGUUGCUACUGAAAAGAAGAAGCAAGCCGAAGAGAUUCUUCGCAAGUACAACUUCCCUCCUCCGCCAGAGUUUCAGCUUAAGCCCCUGCCUGAGACCAACCCUGUACUGGAGGGUGUACGAUGGAAGCAAUACCACUAUGCUAUGGGCGAGACUCUCAAGGAUCUUCCGGACAUCAGUUGGGAGUAUGUCAAGAAGGAGAAAAGCGAGGACAUGAUCCACGUUCUGCAAUUCCCCUACAACGGAGAACCUCCAAGGGUAUUUGAAUCACAUCAAAAGACUCACAAACAUAAACUGAUCAAGCUGGAAAAUUACAGNGAUCGCCUAGUGAAAACUGAAAUUACUGACAACAAAGAUCACUUUGUCCGCAACCACGGUGGUAUCCCUGAAAUCGACCCUGAGCAAUAUACUCUAGACAUUGAAGGCCUGGUCAACGACCCCAAAAGACUCACCCUCGCAGAUCUGCAGAACGAAGAAUUGUUCCCGCGACAAAGCAACGUUGUCAGUCUGCAAUGUUCAGGAACCCGCCGUAUUGAGCAGAUCCACGAAUACCCUGGUGAUGGCGACGAAUUGAUCAAUGCGCCGUGGGGCGAAGGUGCCAUCGGUACAGCACGAUGGACAGGUGUCAGUCUAAAGAAGGUAAUCAAGUACUGUGGAGGUCUCAAGGACGGCGGCGAAGGCAUGCAUCUCGAGUUCUACGGCGCAGAUACCUACUUCAAGAAGGGCAAGGUGUACAACUAUGUGGUCAGUGUGCCUUGGAGAAAGGUCAAGAUCAACGAGGUCUUGCUAGCAUGGGAGAUGAAUGGCGAGCCUCUGCCAAAGAUUCACGGAUUCCCUCUUCGCACUGUCGUAUUCGGNAUAAGCUGCAAGUGGCUCUACAAGAUCAAGGCUAUCAAGGGACCCAGUCUCGCACCCGUCCAGGCAAAGGAAUACCUCUACUAUACACCUCAAGUCGGCAAGCAAAACGCAAUGUACAGCAACGGCUUCAGCAUCCAAGACAUGCCCGUCUCCUCAGCCAUCAUGUCACCCGUCAACAUGGCACAGAUCGUACACGAUGGUAAGAUCAAGAUGCGUGGCUGGGCAUACUCGGGCGGUGGCCAUUGGCCCGUCAGAGUCGAGGUCUCUGGCGAUGGCGGCAGCAUCUGGUACGAAGUCCCGUACGAGAACAUGAGUAAGAAAUAUUACUACGCAUGGAGAUUAUGGGAGAUGGAUCUUCCUGUUGAUGCCGAAGGCUGGUUGGAGUUGUGUGUAAGAACGUGGGAUAAUGCCAUGAACACUCAACCCACUUAUGUGCGCUCUGCCUGGAACUGGGACUUGCACGUCACAUCGAGUUGUCAUCGCGUCAAGGUUUACAGCAUCAACAAGAGCAAGCCUCUUACCGCUGCUCGACUGAAGCUUCUCGAGGAAAAGGAUGUCCCCAUUGUCCCCAUCACUCACCCCAUGGAGUUUGAUCUCCAGACCGAGGAGGACUACCAAGAGGAGAUGAGAAAGCAGGGUGGCCGCGAUCCCGAGGAGUAA